UUGGCGCCAAAUCGCUCUUUCUCCCCGAGCCAAGCUCCUGCUGCUGCCCUCUCUGCUGCUACCCUCCCUGCUGCUCCUCGCCCACGCUGCUGCCGCCUCCGCCAUGAUCGGGCAGAGGACGCUGCAUUCCUUCUUCAGCACCGCGCCCGCCAAGAAGCGCAGCCGCUCCCCUCAGCCCGGCGGUGACGCGGAGGUCAGCGCCGCCAAGAAGGUGAAAGCUGCUGGGGACGAGUCUGGCCCCGCCUUGAGCCCGGAGCAGCAGGAGCGGAUCCGCAGGAACAAGGAGGCGGCGAGGCAGCGUCUGGCCGAGCGGAGCGUGCCGCCGGGCUUCGGCGAGAGCUGGCGGAGGCAGCUGGCCGGGGAGUUCUCCAAGCCCUACUUCACAGAGCUGAUGGCGUUUGUGGCGGAGGAGAGGAAGCGCUACACAGUUUAUCCACCCCCCGAGCAGGUCUUCACCUGGACACAGAUGUGUGACAUCAGAGAUGUAAAGGUGGUCAUUUUGGGACAAGACCCAUAUCAUGGACCUAAUCAAGCUCAUGGGCUCUGCUUCAGUGUCCAGAAGCCUGUUCCACCUCCUCCCAGUUUAGAAAACAUCUACAAAGAGCUGUCUGAAGAUAUUGAGGACUUCACCCACCCUGGUCAUGGUGACCUGAGUGGCUGGGCCAAGCAAGGAGUGCUCCUGCUCAACGCCGUCCUCACGGUGCGAGCUCACCAGGCCACCUCCCACAGGGAGAGGGGCUGGGAGCAGUUCACUGACGUGGUGGUCUCCUGGCUCAACAAGAACUUGCACGGGGUGGUAUUCAUGCUGUGGGGAGCCUAUGCUCAGAAGAAAGGCAGCUCCAUUGAUCGGAAGCGCCACCACGUCCUGCAGACCGUCCAUCCCUCGCCCCUCUCUGUCAACAGAGGCUUCUUUGGCUGCAGGCACUUCUCAAAGACAAAUGAGCUGCUGAAGAAAGCUGGGAAGAAGCCCAUUGACUGGAGAGCACUCUGAGCUUGGCUGCAGGACCUGCUUUGGGUGGGGGGGCUCACAGUUAAAACCAGCCCCUGGUUUGGGGCUUAUCUCGGUUCUGGGUAACUUAACUGCUGACUUGGAGGUUGCUCUGUGGACGUUGGUCAAGGAGCAAACUCCCAAACUUUCACACUUGUUCUGUUUUAUUCAGUGAUUUUGUGGUGGUUUGGUUGUUUUGGGUUUUUUUUUUUUUGAAGAGCAGGUUGAGAUCUGGAGAUCUUCUCUGCUCUUUGAACAGGUCUCAGCUUAAGUGGAAGCCAAGAAAUAGGAGCUGGAUAUUGAUUUGUGUUUGUGCUGGGAAUGUCUUUCCAGGUGCUCAUGGAGGGAUGUCAGUUCUUAAGAGCUGAGUUUUGCUCCAGAGCUUGGAUAUUGAUUUGUGUUUGUUAUUUUACUGGGAAUGUCUUUCCAGGCUCUCAUGGAGGGAUGUCAGUUCUUAAGAGCUGAGUUUUGUCCAGAGCCUGGAUAUUGAUUUGUGUUUGUUGCUGUACUGGGAAUGUCUUUCCAGGCUCUCAUGAGGAAUGUCAGUUCUUAAGAGCUGAGUUUUGUCCAGAGCUUGGAUAUUGAUUCAUGUUUGUUAUUUUACUGGGAAUGUCUUUCCAGCCUCUCAUGAGGAAUGUCAGUUCUUAAGAGCUGAGUUUUGUCCAGAGCUUGGAUAUUGAUUUGUGUUUGUUGCUGUACUGGGAAUGUCUUUCCAGGUUCUCAUGGAAGGAUGUCAAUUCUUAGAGCUGAGUUUUGUUCCAGAGCCUGGGUAUUGAUUUGUGUCUGUUAUUUUACUGGGAAUGUCUUUCCAGGCUCUCAUGGAGGGAUGUCAGUUCUUAAGAGCUGAGUUUUGUUCCAGAGCCUGGAUAUUGAUUCAUGUUUGUUAUUUUACUGGGAAUGUCUUUCCAGGUUCUCAUGGAGGGUUGUUAAUUCUUAGAGCAGAGUUUUGUCCAGAGCCUGCCUCUACCUUCUUUGCAAAUCCAGAUCUCGUAUUUGGAGGUGUGGAGCUGACUUAGCAGGAGAAAAAGGGAGAUGCUUAUGGGCUUUAGCAUAGAUUUGUUAGCUGGUGGCAUCUUGGGACUGUACACUGUCAGAAGUGGUCCUUGGGGGUCUCCAUACCCUCACCAUUUCAGGGUGAGUGGUAGUUUAAGUCUCCAUACCCUCACCAUUGCAGAGUAUGUGGUAGUUGGGGGUCUCCAUACCCUCACUAUUUCAGGGUGAGUGGUAGUUGGGGUCUCCAUACCCUCACCAUUUCAGGGUGAGUGGUAGUUGGGGGUCUCCAUACCCUCACCAUUUCAGGGUGAGUGGUAGUUGGGGGUCUCCAUACCCUCAGCAUUUCAGGGUGAGUGGCAGUUGGGGGGUCUCCAUACCCUCAGCAUUUCAGGGUGAGUGGCAGUUGGGGGUCUCCAUACCCUCAGCAUUUCAGGGUGAGUGGCAGUUGGGGGUCUCCAUACCCUCAGCAUUUCAGGGUGAGUGGUAGUUGGGGGUCUCCAUACCCUCACCAUUUCAGGCUAAAUCUUCACCCCUACCCAGAGGGGACAGUGACUGAAUCUCUGGCCAAGCUCUGAGGUUUUAGUUGCCAGGAAACCCAAAAGCUUUGACCAGUCUUGGUGGCUGACAGCUGAGAAGUGAUGACCAUAAACUUGAUGGCACCUGCUGAUGGCAGCAGUCAGGAUUUGCUCACCACGAUGGGUCAGUGGCUGCAAAUCCUUUAAGCUCUUUUAAGAGGAGCAGCUUUGUGCUGUGCCUUCCUAGGAGCAAGCCAAAGCUUCUGGCCAGCAUUGGAAAGAACCUUUGAGACUUUAGAGGUUGGACUUUACACUUCUGGGUUUCCAGUCCUAUCUUUGACUUUGUAAUUCCUGUAAUGGAACUCAAGUGCCUUCUUCCUUUGGAAUCUACAUCAGGCUGUGUAGAAUAACCCCUGAAACCUUCCCCUGGAGCUUGCUCUGUGGGUGACACUGGGAGAAGGUCCUUGACACUUGCUGUGUCUGGGGUUUGUUGGGUUGGUUGGUUGGUUGGAUUGUUGGGGUUUUUUUCCUCCCCCUACUUUUGUUUCUAAAUAAAAAUCUACUUUGUUUA